GCCCCGCCCCCGCGCGCUCCCCAGCCGGCCAACUCCACCCAGCCCUAAGACCCUUCUUCUGGUCUGCAGCUGUCUUUCUUGUUUCUGCUGCAGACGCCACUGGCUGUAGAGGGCUUCUGAUCCACCUUUUCCAGGUACGCAACCUUCUUCGUCUUUGCAGCGGGAUCUUUCUCCUUCCGGUCGUCAGUUAAGACAGCAGCCAUGCCGGUAUCAGUGACCCGCACAACCAUCACGACUACAACAACGUCCUCCUCCUCCACCAUUGUGGGGUCCCCUCGGGCACUGACCCAGCCCCUGGGCCUCCUCCGCCUCCUGCAGCUAAUAUCCACUUGCGUGGCUUUCUCGCUAGUGGCCAGUGUGGCUGCUUGGACGGGGCCCAUGGGUAACUGGGCCAUGUUCACCUGGUGUUUCUGCUUUGCUGUGACGCUCAUCAUCCUGAUUGUGGAAUUGGGCGGACUCCAGGCCCGCUUCCCCCUGUCAUGGCGAAACUUCCCUAUCACCUACGCCUGCUACGCGGCUCUCUUCUGCCUGUCGUCUUCCAUCAUCUACCCCACCACCUAUGUGCAGUUCAUGGCUCACGGACGGACCCGGGACCACGCCAUCGCGGCCACCACCUUCUCCUGUGUCGCCUGUUUGGCCUACGCCACCGAAGUGGCCUGGACUCGUGCACGGCCGGGUGAGAUCACUGGCUACAUGGCUACCGUGCCGGGGCUGCUCAAGGUUUUCGAGACCUUCGUAGCCUGUAUCAUCUUUGCCUUCAUCAGCGAACCAUCCCUGUACCAGCAAAAGCCGGCCCUGGAGUGGUGUGUGGCAGUCUACGCCAUCUGCUUCAUACUGGCUGCCGUGACCAUCCUGCUCAACCUGGGGGACUGUACCAACAUGUUGCCCAUCCCCUUCCCCACCUUCCUGUCAGGCCUGGCCUUACUGUCUGUCCUCUUGUAUGCCACCGCCAUUGUCCUCUGGCCCCUCUACCAGUUUGAUCAGAGGUACAAUGGCUACCCCCGGCGGGCAUCAGAUUCAAGCUGCGCGUAUACACACCCCCACUCCGUGUGUUACUGGGACCGCCGACUGGCGGUGGCCAUCCUGACAGGUGUCAACCUGCUGACCUAUGUGUCUGAUCUGGUGUACUCCGCCCGUCUGGUGUUUGUCAAGGUCUAAGGUUAGCAAGGGGCUCCCCUCCCCG